AUGACCGAGCGCGGUGCGGGAUUGGGAAUUGCGGCGGAGCCCUACAGAGUCCCCAAAAACCAUCCGAGAUGGUUCGGGGACAAUCUGGGCUCCGUCGCAAUCAUUUGGAAAGCGGGCGGAAACUCUCCCCCCGCUACCUAUGUGGGUAGCGGAGAGGGAUUCGUCGUGGCCAGGUGGGGUGCCCUGAUAGUGGUCGGGGUAUACCUCCCCCCAACAAAGAGCCUGGACUUUCCUAGCUUUAAGUCCAGGCUCCGAGACAUGGGGAGGGCCGUUAGACGGCACCUCCCCGAACCUGUCAUCAUCGCCGGGGACUUCAAUGCGAAGUCGGAGACGUGGGGAUCCCGGGAUGGUGACAGGAGGGGGGAGGAGGUGGAAGACUGGGCCGCGGGCCUUGAUCUGCACCUGCUGAACGAGGGACGUGAAUCGACGUUCGUAGGGUCGCGGGGAGAAUCGAUCAUCGAUCUCACAUGGGCUUCCCCCGCGGCCCUGAAGCGGGUGCGGAGUUGGAGGGUGGCGGACGAGCUCGAAGCUCUUUCAGAUCAUCUCCUAAUAGAGAUGGAGCUGUCCGUCACCCCCGAGGGCCUGCGGUCCAGGCAACCCCGAAUGCAACCCCGACCGGGGAGAUGGUCCCUUAACAAACUGGACAGGGAAGCACUGGACAUCUCCCUAGAGGCUGCCACCUGGCCACGGCAGGAAGAGGGGCGGGACCUCGACUCUGAGGUUAUGGCAAUUAUGGAAGUCGUCGCGCAUGCGUGCGACGAAGCCAUGCCCAGAGUCAGGUCCUGCCCCAAAAGGUCCGCCUGGUGGUGGACCGACGCCAUAGCCGAUCUCCGGCACAAGUCGGUCCACCUCAGGCGGGCCUUCAGGAGGGUCCGUAAUGACCCUCACUCGGACCCCGAGGCUGUUCUGGCUGCCCGGAGGGAGUUUUGCCUAGCGGCAGCAUCCCUCAGAGAUGCGAUUGGGGCAGCCAGAGGAAAAGGGUGGGACACCCUCCUCCUCUCGCUGGACGCGGAUCCGUGGGGGCGUCCAUACAAAAUGGUGAUGAACAAGCUGAAACCAUGGACGCCCCCGCUAACGGAGACGCUCGACCCCCGGUUCUUGGAGCGGGUCAUGGGGACCCUCUUCCCGGUCAGGGAAGGGGACCCCAUGGGCCCGUACGUUGCACCCACCCCUGAACAACAAGGGGUGGUACCGGGGGUCACCGAGGAGGAGGUGGCCGGGGCCAUCAAAAGGGUCAAAAGCCGGAAGGCGCCAGGACCCGAUGGAAUCCCCGGCCGCGUCCUUACCCUGGCCUCGGGGUACCUAGGCGGAAGGUUCGCGAGGAUAUUCUCGCGAGCCCUGAGGGAACGAAGGUUCCCCCCAGUCUGGGGGAGGGCCAAUGUGGUCCUCCUCCGUAAAGAGGGCAAACCGGAGGACACCCCCUCCGCAUACCGGCCCAUAUGUCUCCUGGACGAGGCGGGCAAGCUCUUCGAGCGCGUCAUAGCUGCCCGCCUCGUGGAGCAUAUGUCCCGGAUAGGUCCGAACCUUGACGACGGCCAAUACGGCUUCCGGGAGGGACGUUCCACCGUAGACGCGAUUCGGCGUCUGCGGUCCCUCUCGGAGGCCAUAGUGCAGGAGGGCGGGGUGGCGGUGGCGGUGUCCUUGGACAUCGCCAACGCAUUUAACACCCUGCCCUGGGCCUGGAGAGACGCCGACGGCAAGGUAUGCGAGAGGGGCAUGAGUUGCGGGGUUCCACAGGGACUGGGCCUGGUGGUGGCGGAGAGGAAGACGGAGGCGAUCUUCCUCCAUGGCAGGAGGAUGAAGCCACCCCAGGCCCAGAUAAGAGUAGGAAGGGUCAGGGUCCCAAUAGAGGCCCAGAUGAGAUAUCUGGGCCUCACCCUGGACGGCACCUGGUGCUUCAGGCAACACUUCAAUCGCCUGGUCCCCCGGUUAAGGGCUGUCUCGAGCAGAGUCAGCAGACUCAUGCCGAGAACCGGGGGACCGGAUGGGAAGGCGCGUCGCCUCCACGCUGGGGUACUGAACUCGGUGGCCCUUUACGGGGCACCGAUAUGGGCGGAAGCCCUGGCCGUCAGUCGCCCUAUACAAGCAACCCUGCGCAGGGUGCAGAGGGCGCUGGCGGUCAGGGUGGCCCGCUGUUACAGAACAGUAUCCCACGUGGCGGCGACGGUCCUGGCGAGCAUGCCCCCCCUGGAGCUCAUGGCCCUUUCGUACAUGGGAAUGUACGAUAGGAAGCGUGAGCUCCUGCGUAUGGGGGGGGCGGAAGAACCGCUCGCCAGGACAAUCAGAAGGAUGAAGCACCAGACUCGACAGGUCCUCCUUCAGAGAUGGCAGCGACUCCUGGCUAAUGCCAGACUGGGCCUGGUGGUGGCGGAGAGGAAGACGGAGGCGAUCUUCCUCCAUGGCAGGAGGAUGAAGCCACCCCAGGCCCAGAUAAGAGUAGGAAGGGUCAGGGUCCCAAUAGAGGCCCAGAUGAGAUAUCUGGGCCUCACCCUGGACGGCACCUGGUGCUUCAGGCAACACUUCAAUCGCCUGGUCCCCCGGUUAAGGGCUGUCUCGAGCAGAGUCAGCAGACUCAUGCCGAGAACCGGGGGACCGGAUGGGAAGGCGCGUCGCCUCCACGCUGGGGUACUCAAUUCGGUGGCCCUUUACGGGGCGCCGAUAUGGGCAGAAGCCCUGGCCGUCAGUCGCCCCAUACAAGCAACCCUGCGCAGGGUGCAAAGGGCGCUGGCGGUCAGGGUGGCCCGCUGUUACCGAACAGUAUCCCACGUGGCGGCGACGGUCCUGGCGAGCAUGCCCCCCCUGGAGCUCAUGGCCCUUUCGUACAUGGGAAUGUACGAUAGGAAGCGUGAGCUCCUACGUAUGGGGGGGGCGGAAGAACCGCUCGCCAGGACAAUCAGAAGGAUGAAGCACCAGACUCGACAGGUCCUCCUUCAGAGAUGGCAGCGACUCCUGGCUAAUGCCAGGACUGCCCCGCCUGGAGUGCCGAGCGCGGAGUCAUGGUCAGGGCCUUGGGCCAGGACCUCUCACUCCCGGGGAUAG